AUGGAAACUUGUCAAUUCACGUACAAUCGUCGAGUCACAUAUUUGCCACUCACGACGCUUGGGAUUGAACGACCAUGGGAAGAUAUGCGAAAAGAGUUCGGUUAUAAGGGCAAUGGUGUACCUGGUGCAACGUACUACAAGACAAUCAGUAAAGAUGGGCCUGAAGGGUUUGCCGUCGUCAAUGAGAACAUUGUCUACUAUUAUGAAUACGAUGAUUGGCAUCGGUACAAUACUGCCCGAGAUAUUCGAUAUGGCACGAUUGAUUUAACCGAUGCAAAUCCUACACGAGCAAAGACAGACGAAGAAGACAAAGACUAUUUCGAUCGAGUCCAUACAGCUUAG